AUGGAGGGAGAGGAGAGGGCUGAGGCAGCCAAAGCGGGGCCGAGCCGUUUGACGGCCCUGCAGGAGCAGCUGAUCUGGGCCCUGCUGGAAUCUGGACUGUCCCGGGAGGUUCUGAUCCAAGCCAUGGGGGAACUGGAACGAAACAGGGCAAGUGCUGGCAACGAGAAGGGAGAAAGGGGGGAUGGAGAGAGCUCAGAGGAGGGAGAAAUGGAUUUCCCACCACCUAUAUUCCGAGAACUGGAGAAGCUCCCUCCAGAGGAGGCAUCCAAACUGAGGACUGAAGUCGAGCACCUACUGCAUGAGGAUCCCUGGCAUGUUGCAAAAAUGGUAAAAAGCUACAUGCAGCAGCAUAACCUACCUCAGCGGGAGGUGGUAGAGUCCACGGGACUCAACCAGUCUCACCUCUCCCAGCACCUCAACAAAGGCACGCCCAUGAAGAACCAAAAAAGAGCUGCUCUGUACACCUGGUAUGUCAAGAAGCAGUGCGAGAUCAGCCAGCAAUUUACCAAUGCCAAACAUGGCCUUGCAACUGUGAAGGACCAAGGGGAGGACACCAAGAAAGGACGGAGGAACAGGUUCAAGUGGGGUCCAGCAUCCCUGCAGAUCCUCUUCCACGCCUACGAACGACAGAAGAACCCGAGCAAGGAGGAAAGAGAGGGGCUGGUGGAGGAGUGUAACAGGGCAGAAUGCCUCCAGAGGGGCGUGUCUCCCUCCCAGCUUGCUGGCCUCGGCUCUAACCUGGUCACUGAGGUCCGAGUGUACAACUGGUUCGCUAACCGUCGUAAAGAGGAGGCUUUUCGUCACAAACUGGCCCUCGACACGCCUUUCGGCAGUCAGACUGCCUCAUCCUCCAACGCCAACCUUCCACCCAGUCCCGAGCACGGUGUGAAAUACAGCCAGCAAAUCCCAUGCGACACUGUGAGCUCAGCCAGAGGCAGCGGAGGGGAGAGAGUGGGGCGUCUCAUGGUGAGUCCAGUCCAGCUGGAGCCAAGCCACACACUCCUCGAGACCCAUAACCCCAAGCUGGUGUCCAGCGGUGGGCCACUACCCCCAGUAAGCACUCUAACCUCCCUGCACAGUCUGUCUGCCUCACCUGCAUCCUCACAGAGCCUCAUCAUGGCCUCAGUGCCCAGCGUCAUGAGUCUGGGGGAGUCCUCUCUUCUCAUUGGUUUAGCCUCCACGCAACCUCAGACUGUGCCUGUCAUAAACAACAUGGGAGGCGGUUUCACAACCUUGCAGCCCAUCUCAUUCCAGCAGCAGCUUCACGCCUCUCCCCAGCCGCCAAUACCACAGCAGCUUCAGAGUCACAUGGCUGCCAGUCCGUUCAUGGCAACCAUGGCACAGCUGCCAUGUCACAUGUACAGCAAAUCGGAUUCGCCUCAGUACCACCCGUCCAGUUUGCUCUCUCAAGCCAUGGUCAUCGCAGACAGCAGCAGCCUGACCAGCCUGACCAGCCUCACUGCUGUCAGACAGAUUCUGACCACAGACCCUGAGGAGCAGGAAGACGCACCUUUACAGGAAGACUCUCUAAACAUGCAACCGCACUCACCUGCACCAGUUUCAUCCGAGAGCCUCGAGCUGUAUCCUUCCUCUCAGGCGACAGAAAGCCAUCAAUCUCACCUCCUCUCACCGUCUCCGACAGAAAUCAGCUCCUACAUCCCUGCACAAAUGGUUUCCACAGCACAGUAAAAGAGUCUCCUGA